CAUUUGCGCUCGUCUGGCGGACAUGCAGAUAUAAUCCAGAAGCUGGAUGUCACUGACACCCGUCUUACUGCCAUUGAAAAGGCCCUAAAAGACAAAAUGCCAGAAAAGGCCGAGGUGCAGGCACAAAGUAAACUAUUGCGCGAAUGCCGCGUCAUAGCGGCAAAGACGCACCAUUCAAUUAGCCGCAUCACUGGUGACUUGGAGGGAGAGCAUUACGUGGAGCUCACUUCGAAACUGCCCAUGUCAUCGGAAGAGCACGUGCGCUUCGUGGAAGACAAACUUUCACAAAAGGAAAGCACGGAUGCUAUGAUGCGGCUAAUAUUGAAGUCAAAGGGCGCAAAAGGCAAUGUGGACGGCGUACUGCGUGGUAUGUUUUCUAACGAUCUAAUGUACCACUACACUUUAGAGGGGCGCAAGGAGAAGGGAUCCCUACUAAAGCUAAAAUAUAUUUCCUGA